AUACCCGACCCCUUUGAGAUCUAAAGUUAGUUUUUUCUCACAUUUAUGUAUAUUAAUCUUAUUUCAACAAUCUAAAUAAUGUUUUCAUUUGUUUUUUUGCGUAGAUCGCAGAGAUGGAUGGAACAGAUGAUGAAAUGGAUUUCUCAUCUGCCCCUACUACUCCAGAUUCAUACGAAUCAGAGCUCGAAUAUGUUUUUGACGAGAUUCGUAUUGAAAAGCAGAUGGAAAUGCUGAGGGAAAGGCUUGCUGCCUAUUACAAGCCCAAAGAGGAUGAGCCUGAAGAGGUAAAGAAGAAAGAGGAUGAGGAUGAUGAUGACACCCAAUCCGAGUCCUACGAAUAUAAAGAGGGGGAUGAUGUUCUGUGGGAAUAUUUUAUCUCAGAUCCAAAGCGACGCUACAAAGACUUCUAGGGGAGUAUUCCUUUCUUUUUAUGUGGGUGUAAUAUUUCAAUUAUGUGUCUCCUUAUGUGCUUUAGUCUACUUCCAGGCACUAACUGGGAAACUAAUGAUGACAAUUUGCACUGAAUUUUGCCAUAUGAUUAUAUACAUGCGUGGUGAUUGUAAUUUGCUUAUGGUGAGUUUUGUGAUGUUUCUGUCUGUCUUAUGGAACCCUAAUCUGUAUUCUUAAAGCCACCCACUUCAGACUAGUGUAGGAGGUAACAGUGAGUGGCCUCCCACUAUAUGUAAUGUGUUUGGAGGUUUUAAGAAUAUGAACAAACAUACAUUCAUCCCAAAAAAAUGUUUGCUUACAAAAUACUGCCCAAAUUACUUCCCCUUCAGGACCAAAGAUAGGCCUCCCUACUGCACAUAAGUGCAUCAGUCUGGGAAUGUGAGCUUUACUUUUAGCUGUCCUAUGGGGCUCUCUUUCCCUUUCAGUUUUAUACACUCUCAAUGAUUGUUUGGACAUUUCAAACCAUUUUUCAUCCACAUGAAUAGUACAGGAAAAAUCUUUAAAAAUGGGAGAGUGUGGAAGGGAUUCUGGAACAAAUUGGUUUAACAUGAAAGCUAACCUUUUCAAGUUGUUCUCUUCUGUGAGGAAAGGUUUGAUAGCAUUUGUGUGGCUUUGUAGUUGCCCUUUUUGUAUGCACCUAUGUAGUGUGGAUUUUGGUACUUGUAUGGCUGCAGAGAGUGAGCGUAUGUUUGUUCUUCUGUGGAAUGGAAUGGUCUCUAUCUGUUCCAAAUUUAACUGCACUCUUUUUCUACCAACGAUGCCAAUCCUGUUGUUACUUGCAUCCAAAACAGACUCAUCCAUAAGUUGGUUACGACAUGUACGCCAAAGUGAACUAACACUUCUACGGCAUACAUUGAAGUCGUUCAUGAUUUGUUUAAUUGUGCCGUGCUGAAGUUUCCCGUUAGUCGUCUUGUGAAGCAAACAAUCUAGGAUUACUCUCCUUUCCAUAUUCGUUAAGUUUCUCCUGGUUUUUUUAAGUGGAGGACUGACCUCUUCUUGCUGUUCUUCUUCUUCUUCUUCUUCUUCUUCUUCUGUGACAGGUGCAGCCCGAGAAUUUCGUUGAAGUGGUUGAAGGCUUGAAGAUGAUCCAGGGGCUGUUUGGCUGGAGUUUUGAAGGAGGGCAAUGUAUUUUCCAUUUUUUGGGAUUUGGCAAUGGAUGAUCCAGGGGCUGUUUGGCAAUAGAUUUGGCAGUUUUAUUUUUGGUGUGUAAUGGAGGGAAUUUUUCCCUCCAAGACUUUGGUUGGAUGUGUACUUAGAUUUGGUGAUGGA